CCACACCACACCUCGCUGUGAGUCAUCAGCGCUUCGCGUCCCAAACACAAACAACACGCGACAUCUCCCGCCCCAUUUCCCAACACCCAAUACAGCAGCCCCAACUUAUCGCUCUUCUUCUUCUUCUUCUUCUUCAAACAAGCAAGCAAACAAACAAACAAGCAUGCGUUGGACGUGGGCUGUUGAGGUGCUGCUCGUGGCUGUGGCCGCGGUUGCGGUGACCAGCGCGGUCGCCAUGCCGGUUGAAGACGGCGUCAUCCCCGCACGCCUUGUGCUCGGCAAGAAGGGCAACUCGUCCUGCUUGACUCCAAAGCAGGACGACGAGCUGCGGCACGCCAUCGCCGGCAUCCAGAUCACGCUCUCUGCGGCCGUGACGGCACUGGACAUUGCGGCUGCCGCGGAGCACAACGCCAAGACGAAGCAGGACCUGAAGGAGGCCGCCGUGGUGAUCCAGAACGUGAACAAGUAUCUCGUGGCCAACCUGACGCAGAUUGUGGACUCCGCGUGCGGCAACUGCUCCGAGAUUGUGCGCGUGGUGAACGAGAGCGCAACCGCCAUUGAGCAGACCAUCUCCCACAUCAGCCCCGACAUUAAGAACACGACCACGUGGAAGCUCAUCGUCACCGCCAUCAACGACAUCCUGCAGAUUGCGGAGAUUGUGUGCCCAAGCAAGCUGGCCAUGUUCCAUAUGGAGCCCCGCGAUGUGAGCCCACCUUGCCUCAACGCCACGCAGCUCCGCCUCCUGGAGAAGAUCGUUGCUGGCACGCAGAUCAUCAUGACCUCCGCCGAGGUUGCGCUGGAGGUGGCAGCGGCGAACGAGAAGGACAACGCGACCCGCCACAAGCUUGAAGAAGCGGCCACGGUGGUCAAGGCCAUCAGCCAGGACCUGGUUGGCAACCUCACCAAGAUUGCGCAGAGCCCAUGCGCCACAUGCACCGAGAUUGUCAACAUCGUGGAGCAGCUCGUCCACGCCCUCGAGGAGACUCUCCAGCAGAUCAACCCUGACUGGAACCACGAUCCUCUGUGGCAGUCCAUUGUUGAAGCCAUCAACAACAUCUUCCAGUAUGUGGAGGUGCUGUGCCCUCAGCCAACGCAGGACACAAAGCCCUUCCACAUUCACGCCUCAAACCCGUGAGCCGGCUGCGUUUGAGCUGCGCAACGCAGAUUGAGAUGUGUCUGUGUCUGUGUCUGUGUCUGCUGCGUGACUCUGCAGCCGCUGGACCGUUGCUGCUGAAGGCUCGCCGCCCACUCCUUCAAGCACUUGCUUGUUAAUGAUGCUUUCUGUGCCCUCCCAUCUUAUCUUCCCCACGCAUUCCUUUUUGCGUUACAAGCGUGUGCAUGGUUUGCCGUUUACUCGUGUGUGUGUGUGCGUCACGUUGCUGUGGUGUUGGCUGCGCCUGUCAACAAGUGCGCUGCUGACUGCUGCUCUCACCUCCGACCUCGCGAGCGAGUGAAGAGAAAGAGACGCAGCAGUUCCAGUGACGUGACCUUGAGACAGGCGCACAUCCGCAACACGAGCAAGCAAGCACCCAACAACGUUUGUUCGUGUUACUACAACAUCCCUCCUCUAAGCGUUGAACAGCCACCCAAGCAAGAAGCGAACAACAAGAA